AGUUUCAGUUGCCUUUCGUCUCCAGAACGUUCCAAACGUAUUCGUUUUUCUCUCUGUUGUGUGCUUUUUGCAGUAGGUAGAUUUAUGUGCUUUGUGAAAAAAAGGUAAGCGUGUGAACCCAGCAGCAUCAGCCAGGAAGAUCCAACUACGCCAUAUUCCGCAGACAGCAGUUUGCAACAAAAUUUGCUCUAAAAGGCCAUUUGCGACUGCUGCAAGAUUGUUCAAAACAAACGUUGAACUGAAAUUUUUGAAAGAAAGAAAAUGGCUACCCCUAUGGGAUAUGGAACGUUGUUGGAAUGUCCAUACAAUAAGUCGCACCGUGUGCAAGCGACGGCCAUGGCCCGGCAUCUGUUCAAGUGUCGGAAGAUGCAUCCGAACAUAGAGUUUGUGACGUGCCCUUUCAAUCAUGCCCACAAGGUGGCGGAGCCCGAGCUCAAAAUGCACACGGCCACCUGCGAGGAUCGGGCCAAUUUCGAUAUGUACAAAUACUGCAUCACGACGGCGGCGGCAACGCACACGUCGUCCGAAGCGCAGGAACCGGAACUGAUUUACAAUCAGGAAGAUCCGAUUGCCCCGCAGAAGGUGCACGAUGACGAUGACGAGUGUUGGGACGAUUUGCGUAUUCCGGCGUACAAUCCGCAGGAGUACUGCGCCCAGGCAAAGAUUAUCCGAAAAGCCACUCUGAAGACGCCGGCCGAAAAGCGGGCUUUCUACGAACAGGAAAUGAAACGUCACAAAGAGUUGGAUGUUAAAAUUAAGCAGGAAAAGGGGGAGGACAUUGACGAACCGCGUAGUAGCAACGGUGAUCGGAGACGGCGUUCGCGUUCUAGGUCGCCGCCGAUUCGUUCGAGAAGGCGCUCUCGUUCGCCGCUGGCCUUCCGGGAGCGGUCUCCGCUUGAAUCUCAACGUCCUCCUAGGAGGCGGUCUCGCUCGUCUUCCCGUGGGUCUCGUCGUUCGAUCAAACGGCGCUCGCCUUCGCCGUCGAUUGCCGCCCGUUCGCGUCGUUCUCGGUCAAAUUCCCGGAAGUCGCGCUCUCUGUCCCCGCUUCGUGAUCGCAAGCGGCGCCGUUCGCCGUCGGUCGAACGCCCUCGUUUUCUGAGGGCUUCACCACCGUUGGUUGAACGUCCCCGCUUAAGGCGGUCUCCAUCGCCGGAAAUUCGUCGCGUUGUUCCUCGCUAUUCGGAAUACGAUCGGUACAUGGACCGGGAGCGUUACGCGCGCUAUGCUUACGAUCGGUACGAUUAUCCGCCGACGCGGCCAGAACGCUACGAUGCAUACGUCCGUUAUCCGCAUUACGACUAUUCGAGUCGCUACCCGGUACGCAUGGAGCGAGACACGCGGAGGGCCAUCUCGCCCCGGGAUCGGGACGAUGAAGAGCACAUCUACCGCCGAGAUUUUAGAGACUAGAUUUUAAUGUGUUUUUGUGUACCACAUAAGUUCAAGUUGAUCAAUCGUGACCUACCAAUUUUGUUUUCAUCUUUCUUUUUUGUAUUUUUUAGAGAUGUAAGUAAUAUUUUUCAAGACAAUGGCAUACAUAUUGCCGGCACUUAAAAUCGUGUAUAAAUGUAUAAGAAGCUUCUUUGCUUCGGAGGGUUGUACCUCUGGCUCCACAGUAAUUGUAUGAAUACCCCUAGUGAUUAGUGGUCGAUACGAUAAUAAUAAACGUUGCAUAAACAACA